CCUUAAAGUAAAUGGAAGAAAGUAAAGAAGAGGUUAUUGUGAUUGAAGGGGAUUUAAUGUCAGAUGAAGAGGAUGAUUCCCAAUCUGAUUCUCUUCCUUGGAGGAAGAAACAGUUUGAUUUGAAUAUCAGAAAUAAACUGGACAUUAAAUAAGAUUAUUUCAGAGUUUAUCAUCAAAAAGGAGUACUUUAUCACUCACAAAAAGCAUAACAUCUUAGAUGAUUAUGAUCUUGGAGAGACACCGCUAGGUGAAGGAGCUUUUGGAAAGGUCUAUAAAGCCAUUGAAAAGCGAACAAAGCUGGUUAGAGCGGCUAAGAAGAUUGAUAUCUACAACCUUACCAAUAAAGAUACCUUCUUAAAGGAAGUAUCUGCACUAAAAGUCCUUGACCAUCCAAAUAUUAUUAAACUGUAUGAAGUUUACGAAGAUGUAGCCAAUGCUUGCGUGUAUCUUAUAGAAGAGUUCUGUGAAGGCGGAGAGUUAUUUGAUUACAUUGUGGUUAAUGAAGGACUACCAGAACCUGAAGCUAAACGGGUAUUUCACCAAAUUGUUUCAAGUCUCCUGUAUUGCCAUAAAAAUUGCAUCAGUCAUCGAGAUCUCAAGCCUGAUAACUUCAUGUUAGCUUCUAGUGAUCCAGGAGCUACUAUCAAAUUGAUUGACUUUGGACUCUCUAGGCAAUUUUUCAAGUUUCAUGAAGGUGGUGGAGAAGUUAUGAGAAUGGAAACUAAAGCUGGUACAAAACUUUAUAUGGCUCCUGAAGUCCUUGAUAGGAACUACUCAAGCUCAUGUGACAUGUGGUCAUGAGGUAUCAUCUUGUAUAUUAUGGUAUCUUUUGCAAUUCCCUUCGAAAGACCAACAGAAAUGGAAAGCGAUAUUAGAAAUCUGAAUUAUAACUUUGAUAAUCCUGUUUGGAAUAAUAUAUCUAGUGAAUGUAAGGAUUUAAUCUCUAAGCUGCUUGUGCCAGAGAAGGAUCGCAUCACAGCAAAGCGUGCUCUUAAACACCCUUGGAUGAAGAACUCUCUCGUCAUGGAUGAAGAGACUCGAAACAAGACGAUUCUCAUGGAACGGUUCGAAAACUUCAAAGAUUCCGGAAUGUUCAAGAAAGCAGUUCUUUCCUUCCUUGCAUCAAAGGUAAACGAUGAUGAUAUUAAGGAGGAAAUAGCUCUUUUCAGAAAAUUUGAUGACAACAAUGAUGGCUAUAUCACCAGAAAAGAAUUAGCUAAAGGCUUAAGGAAACUAAAAUACCGCACAGAUGAAGAGAUUGAUGAAAUCAUGGAAAGAAUGGAUACUGAUAAAAAUGGGGCUAUUAAUUUCAAUGAAUUCAUCUCAGCCUCCCUCAAUGACACAGUUUCUAAGGAUUUCCAAAGAAUUGAGGAAGCUUUUCAUUUCUUCGAUAAAGAUGGUGAUGGCUAUAUUGACGAGCAUGAACUCCAAACCGCUCUUGCUCAGAAAGAUUUUCCCGAUCUUGGUGGAGACAUCUUUAUAGAUGCCAUUAAAGAAUGAGAUCUUGAUGGAGAUGGUAAAAUCUCCUAUGAAGAGUUCUUAACCUCAAUGGGUAUGAAGUUCAACACUCUAGCUAAAAAGAAUAUGAACACAUCUUGGAAGAAUAUUGAAAAAGAAAAGUUGGGUAUUAAAAAUCAGUUUUAAUAUAAUUAUUUCAUUUUGAAUAA